ACUUGCUGUUGGGUUGUUCCGCUGCUUCGACAGUCGCUUGUGUUUUGGGUAUAUUUUAGCGUAGCGGAUGGGCCGGCCUGCCAAUGGAUCCUUGUAGCGCAGAAUGAUUUCUGACGGGCGAUAAGGGCAGAUGUUAUUGCAUUUUCUACUCUUGACAUUGCUAUACGGAGAGAUAGAGAAGAAUUGGGCAUUUAGACUGGAUACUAUUCAUGUAUGGUCCCAGGUUUAACUGCGGUGAAAAACUAUAUGCAGUUCCAGACAUCUGAUUGACCCAAAUUCCUGUGCCAUGCCAACACCAUUUUGAAACCAAGGUUUUAUUUAGGAUUAGCAAUACCCCCACCUGGGUGUUCUCGGAGAGUGGCAAAAGGAAGACUGAGUCCCAGGAAAUAUCUUCUGAAAUCAAAAGCCAACACUCGUCAGGAAAUAUCGGGCAACAAUGGUAUUUCAAUCAUAAAGGAAAUUGUGAGAGAUUUUCAGUAUCCAUACCCAAAUUCCUGAUUCCAUAUGGCUUGGAAACAUUGUAUUCAAGUAGCCUAGUGGUUGUGAAAAUUGAGAAGACGGUUACAACAUAACGUAAUUGCUGUGGUUCGCUGGGAAUUUGGUCAUAAGUUGCCGUUGGCGUCUUGGAGCUGACCACGGAAGCAUUGACAAGUGAGGUAUGGCUCUCUCAAUAUGGGACAAGCUAAGCCCCAAUGAAUUUGAGAUUCUCCUCGACUAUGUGAGCUAUUCAAGAAAAACUCUCAAGGAUGUGUUAGAAGAAUUCAACGGGAAUGGAGUAUUAUCCAAAUACAAUCCAGAGCAGCCCAUCAACUAUGAAGGCUUCAAGCUCUUCAUGGAAACCUACCUUGAUGUGGAUAUGCCAGAAGACCUCUGUCGACAUCUCUUCCUUUCUUUUGUCAAGAAGACGCCAUCAGUUUCCAGGCAUACCAGCAGAGAAAAGGAGAAGGGCGCUAUAUACGACGUUGGCAGUGCUGUCGCGACCGUUACCACCACUGCGGCAUGUGCUGCCAUCACAGGGAGCAGCUCUCCGAUUGAAAUUGCUGGGCCGACAAGUGGCGGCAACAACAAUACAGAAGGCAAUGAAAUGACCAAUGGACAUGGACAGGAGUCUGGUGUCAUCACAAGAGGAAGCCCCACCCAAUCGAGAAGUUCAUCCAAGAAAUCCAAUGCCUCCAACGGAACCCCUUCAAGUCAUUCCAUGCGCACUGAUGCACUCAGGGUCGAACAAACCACUAAUGAACAUGGAGAUAUUAAAAAAGGCAAAUCCAUGGAGAACAACAGGCGGAAAAAGAGUGCACUCUUUACUGCCAUACGCAAGAGCAAAAGGAAUACCAAAGACACAGAAUCAUUAGGAGCAUUGACCUCCUCCCGAGGGUCACUCGCACAUCCAGAUGUCACCAAUCAGGUCGUCUACAUGAAAGAUAUUGUCUGCUACUUGUCAUUGCUAGAGGGCGGCAAACCAGAGGAUAAAUUAGAAUUCAUGUUCAGGUUAUACGAUACAGAUGACAAUGGUAUUCUUGACAGCAGUGAGCUGGAUUGUAUUGUAAACCAGAUGAUGCAUGUAGCUGAAUAUUUAGGAUGGGAUGUCACUGAAUUAAGACCAAUCUUACAAGACAUGAUGAUAGAGAUUGAUUUUGAUUCAGAUGGGACUGUAUCGCUAGAAGAGUGGAUCCGUGGCGGCAUGACAACCAUUCCUCUUCUUGUUCUUCUUGGCCUUGAAUCAAAUGUGAAAGAUGAUGGCAGCCAUGUAUGGAGGUUAAAACAUUACAACAAACCAGCCUAUUGUAAUCUCUGCCUCAACCUCCUAGUAGGGCUUGGAAAACAAGGUUUAUCAUGUACAUUCUGCAAAUACACCGUUCAUGAACGCUGUGUACAACGCGCCCCACCCUGUUGCAUUAGUACAUACGUCAAAUCAAAACGGACAACGAAUUAUCGUGGCAGCAUGCUGAUGGAGCAACCAAAAAAUCUGUCACGCAAGGACGCCGAGGUUUGGGGAGAAGUUCCGAUCAUGAACCACCAUUGGGUAGAAGGUAACUGCCCUGGUAAAUGUGACCGGUGUAAGAAGUCAAUAAAGAGCUACAAUGGUGUAACUGGCCUUCACUGUAGAUGGUGCAAAAUAACGCUCCACAAUAAAUGUGCCUCCCAUGUCAAACCAGAAUGUAAUAUGGGAGAAUUCCGUGACCACAUUCUACCUCCAACGGCUAUCUGCCCAGCAGUUCUGGUAAGUCUGCUUGUUAUUUUCUUAAUAUUCUGUCUUCCAUGUAGAUGUUUAUUUAGCAUGACAUCACCUUUCAUAUCAUGACUGUUCUAUCCAUAUUAUUUCUUAGAAAAUAAAAAACCAACCAAUGAGGCACUUCUUCACCCAGCCUCAUUUUAUGUAUUAAUUUUUGUUUGUUUCCCUGAAUUUGGGUCAUUUGAAUUUCUCAGACUCGAUAUGGUUUGAAUCAUCCAUGAAACUGUGAUUUGUUUUUGUUCACUUUGAAAGAAAAAAUGCAAAUUAUUUCAAUUUAGUCAGAUUUAGUAUUUUGAUAAUCCCUUACUCGCUCUCUCUUUCUUCCUAUCUCUCCCAUUCUCUCUCUCUCUCAUUUUAUUCAACCUUAUAUGACCAGCCACCCCAGACCAAUAAUAAGUCACCCAAAAUGAUUGUUUAUGUUUAAUGAGUUUAAAAAAGCACAUCCUAAGCUUUAAAAUGAUGAACUUGUUAAAAUUCAUUAACAAUAAUCUAAACAAAUACUUGAUUGAAUGCAGAAGAAACUAAGCGAUAUCUUCACAAAAUAAGUAUUAUGCAUACUGUGAAAUCUCAAUGAAACCUCCAAGCAGUCCUUAAAAACUUGUGUCAU